GAAAAUUUCCUUCGUUUAGAGGUUAAAAAUAACAUUUAUACAAAACAUGAUAGCUAUUCAAAGUUUUCAGUAAUUCCAAUGAUAUAUAAACUGUGAUAAUUGUAUUAAUGUAGAUAAUUUAAAUAUGAGAAAAAUUAGUUUUGCUUGUUUUUGAACAUUGACAUGAAAAUUAAUUAAAGACAAGAUUUGCGCGUGCAUGAAUGACUGAAAUCUGUAAACAAAACCAUCAUUGCAAUAUGCUGAAAAGAUUUGAGUGUCCUCAAUGCGGAUCAUGUUUCGACCGUGCUUCGCAACUGGAUUAUCAUCAUCGCAGUAUACACCUUCGAGAGAGAUCUCAAGUAUGCCAAAUAUGCAAAAAGGGUUUCUUUCGCAAGACAGACUUACGCACCCACUUGAACAUUCAUAUGGGAACAAACUUUUAUAUUUGCGAAUUCUGUGGAAGGCAGUUCAGUCAUGUAUCAAAUCUUAUAAGGCAUUGUAGGAUGCAUACAGGACUGAAACCAUAUUCAUGUUCAAUUUGCGAUAAGCGCUUCACACAAAUUUCCUCGUUAGUGAGACAUAAACAAAUGAUACAUGGAAUACCAAAGGAAACUGUGCAUCAAUAUUACGAUCAUAGUCUUAUCAGUAAUAAAUCACAAACUAGUGAUCACCUAUUGAAGGAGAAUAAGUCUGUUAAAAGUGUUGCGACGAAGCAACAAACAAGUGCUAACAAACAAUGCCAUUGCAAAUCUUCCGGGGAAAGUUCCGAUUGUAUCUGUUCAAAAGCUCUCUUGCGACAAUAUGAAAACCAUUAUUCCGAGAGUAUUAUGCUACCAGAGUACAAUAGCUGUAAAAAGAUAAUAGAUAAUGGCACAGAUAAUGCUACAGAGAAUGAAUUCUGUAUGGAACAGAGAUAUCAGAGUAUCACUACAGAUCCAGAUGUGCAGAAAAAUGAGGCAGUUCCGGAUCAGCAUAAUAUUAAUAUGGAUAAUAAAAUGUGCUCAUCCCUAUCACAAACUGACGAUUACAUAGCGUCUAAAGAGUUUGAAGAAAGUAAUUUGGACUGUGAGAAUACAAAUCAAUUUUCACAAGAUUAUUUUGCUGAAAUUGAAGAAAGACUCGGAUCUAUUGAUUUGGCCAUGAACAAGACCGUUGUUUUAAAUCCACCUCAAGAUACAGUCAACAAUCACGAACAGAUACAGGCCAAAGACAAUGUAAUUUAUUUACAUCAAUUCGAUAAAAACAAUUUUAUCUUUUUACCUCGAGAUAGAGGGCCUAAUGUUAAUGCAUUAGAAGCUGAAAACUAUGAAAACUCUUGGAGGACGAGCGAUCUGCACACACAUAUGAUCCAAGAGGCUUGUAAAGAGGUUUCCACAAACGGUAUCAGAACGUUAAAUAUGGACGCAAACUUGCAAACUUGUAAUUCCGAUGAUGUUUCAGUAGAUCAAAAGCUCUUGUACAGACAGCUAUGCAAAGACGCGAUUAGCGAAAAUAAAAAAUGCAAUAAGCCACUGAAUGAUGACGUUACUCAAUUGUACAUAGAACUUAUCAAUUCAGGAAUGUUGAAAUUUGAUGAAUCUCGAUAUUGUAAUAACACAGAUUCAGACGGCGUGAACCUUAAUCACACUAUAAAAUCUCAGCAUUCUACAAAUAUUGCUAACAAAGAUGCGAUAUGUACUCCCGUUACUAUGCAAAAUCAGGAUAAUCUGCUGCACGAUGAAGAUAAUCUAGAUAGUUUUAAUAAUACAAAUGACGUGAUGUCAAAUAAUGAAAAGCCCAUGUUACGAUUAGUACAAACAGAAACCGGUGAACAAUUUUAUGAAUUCAUGAUAAGUAAUUUGGUAGAAGACAUGCAAAAUAUUUCGUGCGCCGAGGACUUGGAGAACGAAGUGGAGGAAUCCAUAAACACCUUUAGGCAUUGUCAAAAACUGGACUCAAAUUCGAAAGGGAGCAACGGGGAAAAUGAUCAGAUGGAACAUCAGGAAGUGUUGGAAAGCUUCGCUGGCAUAAAUAAUGAAUUCAAUUAUACGCAAUUCGAUUUUCACGGGGAGGAAAAGAAUUUCACCAUUCUCUGUCACGACGAAUCUGAACGUAUCCAACAAGAUUCAAGAAAUAACAUUUAUGAUAAUAACGUGCAAGAAAAAAAUACGCAAAACUACAAUACCGAGCAUUUAGAAUUACUGGAACACGAAUCGCACGUGGAUUUUGACAAGUACGUCGAAACGAAUCUCGAAGCCUUUGAAAGAUUAAAUUAUGAAAAUUGCAGUGAGAAAUUUUUGGAAUUCGUGGAAGUUGCCGAUAUUGGUAUAGAGAACUCAGGAUGCAAAGAACCGUCAAUGGUGCGUUUGAUCCAAAAUGAUGAUGGCGAGCAGUUGCUGGAAUUAUUGCAAGAUUCUCAAAUUACGGGACAAGAAUCGAAUCAAGAUUUUACAGUACAAACUAACGAUUUUGACAAAGACUGUUCAAACAUUUUGCAAGAUAAUAAUAAAACGGUAGACUAUUCCAAAAGUAAAUCAGACUUUUUCACGUAUGUCGAAAAUAAUAUGUCAUUAGAAGAGAAUAUAAAUAGCAAUCGCAGCAUGGAGAAUAACAAUGAGUGCAUAGAAAGUAGUAAUAACACGUUUGAAAAUAUAGCAAUUGGUGAGGGUACAAGUAACGAGAACUCUGCCAAAACAUCGGAGGAAGCAAAAAAACCGAAGGCUACUUCGAAAAAGUUUCAAUGCUCUGUGUGCAAGAAAGCGUUCUCGUCAGCUUAUAACUAUAAACAGCAUAUUGGCGUUCACUUUACCGAUCAGCAGAAAUUUCAUUGCAAGGAGUGCGGGAUAUCUUUUGCUUGGAAAACUACGUUCAACAAGCACAUCGCUAACAAUCAUAGCUCAGACGGGCCGCAGAAAUUUGUUUGUGAGAUCUGCCCAAAGGUCUACAGUACCUUAUCACAAGUUAAUGAGCACAUAAAAAGGGACCAUCUGAAGGAGCGCAACCAUGUUUGUCUUCUCUGCGGCAAAUCUUUCUUCAAGAAAUCCGACUUGAAGACUCAUAGUAGAACGCACACGGACGAGCGUCCCUACGUUUGUCGCGUGUGCGGCAAACGGUUUCAUCAUCAGAGCCACAUCAUCCGUCACGAGCGUACGCAUUCAGGCGAGAGUCCAUUUGUCUGUGACGUUUGUCAGAAAACUUUUAUGCAGCUCAGUUCCCUGAAAGCGCACAAGCAGAAGCAUCAACAGGUUCAAGUGGAUUUCCUGGAUUACCAAAUCGAUGAAGACGACCCCACAGCAUUGGUGACGCUAUGAAAUAAAGACAUACAUAUGGUUGCUAUUGUAUUAUAAUGUAUAGCAGUCUUGUCUAUUUUAUCACAUCUCUCUCUCUCUCUCUCUCGUUAUCUUUUUUUGUAAUUGUAAACCUGAAUGAUGUUACACGCGUAUGCACGCGUGUAUUUAUUUAUUUAUUCAUGUUGACUUGUACAGGUACAGUAUAUAUGUACAGUUUAUGGGACUUUAUAUAAAGAUAUACGUUGAAUA